CUGAGUGAUCGCUGCUGUCGGGUGCCUGCCAGUGACUCAUCCUUACUGGUCGACGCUCAGCUAGUUCAUUCAAGUAAGUGAUGCAGCAGAAUCAUGGACUCACUCACUUGGGCAGCAAGUCGUCGUUGCUUCCUCUGUGUGUGCCCCCGGCCAGUGAUGGGCGAACCGGAAAUCGAGCGAAGAUGAGAGGGGUCCGGCCCCUGCUGUCUUCAUCGCGCCGCCUCGAACCAAGCUGCAGCACACUUCCGACUCAACCACGCACCUCAUCCACCUCGUCCAAUUCCAUCGCUUGCAACGAUGUGUCUUCGCAGCCACCUAUCACCCUUCUGCGAGAUCUGAGGAACGUGAGGAAGGGCGAGGACCCCGCAGCUGAUACACAUGCUGCUGCUGCUGCGGCUAUGCGGCGGUCUAUCAACCGGCAGCUGCUGGCUUGUCGAGACCACGCCUGCAUCCUCUCGACAAUCGAGGCGCAUUUGCAGCAUGGUGGUCAUGCCCUGUCGGCCGAUGAGUUUGACUGUGUCAAUGCCGCGACGGCCUUCCAGCGGAUGGCAAAGAUGAGCACUGCGGCAAGGGAGCCGACACGCCCACGCAGGAGAGGCUCGAUGUUCCGGCUGCACCCGCAUCACGAAGGGGAGGCCCCGCGUGACACAUCUGAAGGCGCCGAUUCGUCUGCUUUGGUGGCGCAGUGGACACAUGACAGCCGCUAUGCCCCCCUCAGACAGCAUCUGCUCAGCUUUCUCUCUCUCUCGCACUCAUCUUGUGUCAGCUGCUCUCCAAGGUUUGUGGCCAUGGUUCUGUGGGGGACAGCCAAGGCUAAGCUGUGGGACGAGGAGCUCAUCAAGGCCCUGUGCAGAGCCGCUCGACAGCUGCUGGAUAGGCGAGGGGCGGCCAGAUGGGAAACCACGGAUAUCGCAAAUGUUAUGUGGGCCACGGCGACGUUCUCUUCGAUGAAGGCUGAUGAACUUAACGUCUAUCCGCCGGGCAGUGGGGCCGCCGGAAGCACAUCUUUCCCUCCCCACUGGUUCCUCCUCGAGUGUCACGGCAUUCUCCCUCUUCUAUGGCAAGCUGCGGAGGCCCUCCUGCCGUCUUUCUCCAUCACCAACCUUUCCAACAUCGGCUGGGCGUCAGUCAAGAUCGCUACAGCCAUCAACGAGCGGAUACAGAACCGCACAAUGUCCUCUGUGAUUGAAGGAGAUACCACCAUGUUCUUGGAGAGGCUGGGAGACGAGGCGUGCGCGUCAAGGCAGUCGACGUGGCCCUUUUCCUCUCUUGGCGAGAUGCUGUGGCCGUUUGCCACUAUCGGCGUCUAUCCCACUCAGCUGUUGGCUGCCGUGAUGAAAGAGGCUGAGGGACGAUUGCAGAAGGUGAUGGGUGGCCAUGGCCACAGAGAGGAGGGGCUGACCGGCAAGGCGGUCAUCAACCUCACCUGGAGCGUCGCAACACUCGUACAGGUGCGGUGCAACCAGCUGCAGGAGCAAGGGCAGGAAGAGGCUGAAGACUCCUCCCUUCUCGCCGAUGUCCAUCGCUUCAUGCGGCUCGUGUCAUCCCUCAUUCGGCAUGGUCGACACGUCCGCCUCAAUGCAGCCGACAUCAGCACGUGUCUGCGGACCUAUGCGGCCGCAUCAGCCCUCCCAGACUCUCCCUCACGGCGCCUCUUCAUCGACGAAUGCCGUGAGCUCCACACCUACCUCGCCAGUGGCCCUCUGUCGUCCCCUCCGUUCCUCUCAUCGGUAUCACUCGCCUGUCUGUCCGCCGUGGUCCUCACCUAUGCCGACAGUGACGUCCCCACAGACACAAGGCAGAUGGUGCUUGAUGCCUUGAGCACUGAGGUGGACCGACGGGUGCAGAUGGGGCGGAUUACCGGCCAUGGAGAUCGGUUCUUUCUGGAUGUGAGCAGCCUGCUCACCGGGCUGGCCAACGCCAAGAGGCUGAAGCGGGAUUUGUUUGAUGCCCUCGCCAGCUGUGUGCUGGGGGACGUGGUGCGGCAUGCUGACAGACACGCAGCAGGAGCAGCGACAACGACAAGUGAGGGGCGAGUGGAUGAGGAGAGGAGCAGCCCGGAGGCGGUGGCAGGGCCGCGAGGGAUCCCUAGUGUGCUCAGCGAGACGGCACACACAAUGGUAGGCUGCGGGAUGGGAUGAGAAUGGCGACCAAUACGUGACACUGUGUGCUUUAAUUGCCAUCAAUCAGGUGUUGUACAAGCCCGCAUUCUGGGUCGUGAAUCCUGUCAGCCAGGGGAGGGGACACAAGGAACAUGACGGUGGGGUAGAAUGGACAGACAAGGCACCCCUCCCAGUCUCUGUGUAAUGCUCUUUCUUGUCCUGUCCAUUCAGUGUUCACCGACUGCCUAUCGGCCGAGGAAAUGGAGAGCAGCGCUAGCGUAGAGGUACCUCUGAACGGAGAAGCACACCGAACGUCGGCAUCUGUCCACUUGUGUGUCUCUAUGUGGCUGUGCGGGCCAGCCCCUGUCCGAGUGGUAUCGGCGGCGGCACUCGACGCCUCUGUCGCAUGACGAGGGCAGACAAUUCGGCUUCGCCCACCGACUCGACAUCGAAACAUCUGGCCCUCUGGUGGUGGCCAAGACGAUUGAGGCCUAUCACUAUUUGAGGCUGCUCUUCGCCGCCCAGCUCGUGCGCAAGGAGUACCUUUGCCUGUGUCAUGGCAACUUCCCCGACGGGCUCCACACAAGUGAGCUGUGAAAUGGGUGGUGGAUGGGAGGCUCGACUGACCCCACCAAUCAUCGCUCCCUGGCUGUGUCAUGGUCAGUUGAUGCCCGUCUGCUGACACGCAAAGACGCCAACACUGCUCAGGUCGUCUCGGAGACACACCCACAUGGCAGGCCUGCGUUGACACACGUGCGGAAGCUGAGAGGCUACCGCAGUGGGCGGGGCGAUGAGUACUCCCUCUGCCAUGUGGAAAUCAUCACCGGACGCACACACCAGAUACGGUCGGUGGGUCGGUGGGUCGGUGGGAAGGAAACUGCCAUGUGUCAUCCGCCCGAUGUGUGUGUGUGCGUGUGUGCAUGUUUGCUAUCAGAGUUCACCUGGCGAGUGUUGGCCAUCCAGUGGUGUCCGACUACUCCUAUCAACCAGACGCACGCACACUCACGGCAGACAGAAACUGGUACGUGCGAUAAACCGAUCCCUCUGUUCGGAAUGAAUUAUUGUCCUGAUGCUCCGAUUGUCAGGUGUCCGCGUGUGUUCCUGCACUGUUCAAAGCUGUGUUAUGAGGACCCGCCGGGCCAAGAGGGCCGCCCGCCGGCCGUGCAGGAAGUCGACUGCCCCCUCCCGAGUGAGCUGCAGACCGCCCUCGACUCGCUGACGGUCGUCAGUGAGGGCGUGUGACGGGCCGAGGCAGCACGGUCGGCGGUGUGUGGCUGGGGAGUUUGUGUCUGUCGGUGAGUGCAUGUCUGAUGGUAUGAGUGAGCGUGGUGUAGAGCCUGUGCGCGAAGCUUGUGCGCACACAUCUGACUGUCGUAAAAGUCAUGACCCUGUCGAUUGAUCAAUGCAUUCAUUCAUUCAUUCAUUCAGCUUCA